AUGGCCCUCCAGGAGCACACUGUGGCACAUGUGCCAGAGCAAACCAUAGCAUUCCAGAGCACUCCAGAGCAUGCCAUGGCCCUCCAGGUGAACUGUGGCAAGCCAGCCAUCCCAGAGCAAAUGCCAGAGCAUGCCAUUGUCCUCUGGGCCACUCCAGAGCAAAUUCCAGAGCACACUGCAGCACAUGAGCCAGAGCAUACCAUAGCAUUCCAGAGCACUCCAGAGCAGGCCAUGGCCCUCUGGGCAUGCCAGCCACUCUGGAGCAAAUUCCAGAGUAAACUGCAGCACAUGUGCCAGAGCAUGCCAUGGCCUCCAGAGCACACUGCAGCACAUGUGCUGGAGCAUACCAUAGCAUUCCAGAGCACUCCAGAGCAGGCCAUGGCCCUCCAGAAUAAGCUGCAGCUUAUGUUCUGA